AUGCUGAGCUCGUGGUCGACCAGCUUGAACCUUAUAUUCCUAUCUGUCGCAUGGACAACAAUUGCCGCAUCGUAUUCUCCGCUGCAGCUGGAACUCGUCGCGCCGCUCGUCUUGCGACUGUCCUUGUACAUUAUCCCUAGCCUGGCUUUUCUUUUAUUCGACAUUGGCGUGCCUAGCCUUGCUGUCGAGUUCAAGUCCCAGGGGAAAUGGGGGAUCCCGAGUAAUCAAAAGGGAGGCGCGAAAGUAGUCCGGAGAGUAGUAGCGUGGAGCUGUGCCAAUGUGUUGCUCACGGUUGUGUUGCAAGCGGGCAUUGAGUUUCUCGUUACGGAUGUGUUGCGCAUGAAGAGCCUAUUACUCAUCAAGGGCAGUAGGUGGGGACUCAAUCACUUGCCAAACCCGUGGAUAAUGGUCAAGCAUGGCAUCAUUGGCCUGGUUUCGCGGAAUGUCCUCCAAUACUACAUUCACACUCACCUUCUGCAUUCGCCAACUGGUGGCAUCCUGUCAGACCUCCACCAAAGUUGGCACCACAGUAUCCGGAUCCCAUACUCUUUUGCGGCAAACUAUGACCAUCCCAUCUGUCACCUCCUGCAUCGCUUUGUGCCCCUGUAUCUCCCAGCGAUCGCACUGCGGAUGCACAUAUUAACUUACCUCAUCAUGGUUGGACUUUUUAGCCUAGAAGAGACGUUUGUCUACUCCGGCUACAAUGUACUCCCAUCGACCAUCAUGUUGAGAGGUAUGGCACGUCGCGCUGAUGCGCAUAUGAUGAGCGAGGGAGAGGGAAAUUAUGGCUGCCUGGGUGUGAUGGACUGGUUUCAUGACACGACCUUGGGCAAGGAUGUUGUGGAGGAUCUGAAAGCGGAGAUGGACAAGCACAAUGUGGAGGCCAAGGCUGGAAAGGCUUUUGAAACUGCAGGGGAUGCGGCAAAUGGGUUUGCGGGCAAAUUUGGAAGAUCCAAAAAAGGAAAAGGGAGGAAGUGA